CAUGUGAUCUGUGGGGAGGCGUUUAUUAUCAGGAGGGAGCACUUGGUCCGCAUCCAGCCUGCAGCAUUAGGAGCCGACGCGCCGUCCUUCUCCCCACGGAGCGACGCGGCUCCAGUUGCCUCUUUUUCCUGUCUCUUUCCGUGUCUCUGGUUUGGGUUUUCUUCUUUUUUCGGGAGGAUAUUUGCAGCACUUGUGCGGCUCCAUCCGGACUGAGACGAUGGGAGACGCUCAGUCUGCGCAGCGGGAGGGCAGGCAGGACGCGGCGGCCGCGGAGGAGGAGGAGGGCGGAAAAGUGCAGGAUGCUGCGACCGAGCUCACUAUCGACGACAAGCCUCUUAAGACCAACGGGCAGAUCUCUGACCUCAAUGGAAAAGCAGACAGCUCUAUAGCGGCCCUAAACGGUAACUGUGAGGACGACAUUCCCGCAGUGGCCGAGGACGCGCCUUUGAAAAGCAAAGACAUCGAUGGAAAGGAACUACCCGAUGUAGCCUGUGUGGACGAAGUGCCGACUGAAGUCAUUGACAUGGAGGCCAAGCAGAACGACAUCAAUGAAAGUUUUAAGAAGUUUUUCAGCAACAUCGGCAUGAAGUUGACAGUAAAGAGAGGCUCAACGGACAAAGUUCUCGAUGAGGAGCCGGAAGAGUCGGCAGAAAGCGUCAAAGACACCGCCAAUGACAUCAGUUUUGACAGUACUGACCCGGACACACGUCUUACCACUGCACUGGAGCCUCAAGACAGCGACUCGCCAACGUAUCAGACUCUGAUAGACAUCACAUGUGAAGAAUUGAUAGAUAAAGAUGAGGAGAAAACAGCAGACACUAAGGAAGAAGUGACAUCUGAUGAUGCGGGAACGAGUUCGCCCAUGAGCGAGUACGCACACCAAGGUGCCACGUCCGAAGAGGAGCCCCAUCAGACGUCUCCUUCUGGUCCCGAUACCAAAGAGAUUGCCACUCAGUUCAAAAAGUUUUUUACAUCUGGAAUCUUUUCCGGUCUUAAAAAGAAAAAGAAAUCCGAAGAGGAAGAUUUUAUCGAGAAAGAGCUGGUAAACAUGGGGGGGAGGAUGAGCGUGGACACCGUGGACCAGGAUGAAGAGGAGAUGGCUGAUGUUGAACUUGGGAAAAAUGACCUUAAGAACCGCAAUGCAGGACCAACUAAGGCCGUAAAUGAGGCUAAAUCCCGACGCACAUCUGAGCUUGAAACUCAAGCCCGGAAAAAGGUCCGUCCAGGUUCUGGUGUAAAGAAGGUCUCCAAAAAGCAGAAGAGCAGGAAGUCAAGUGAAGCAAAGCUAUCCGACUCCGUAGAGAACAUCUCAGAUCAGCUCCUGUCGUCCACAGAGUCCACUGGGAAAGACGAGGCUGCUGCUCAACCGUCCACGGACACGGCAGAAGAAGGAGCAUGGGCCUCCUUUGUAAAGUUAAUGACCCCACAACGGCGCAACAAGAGGCCCUCGGUCGACCAGGCGGAGGCACGAGUCCCAGGUCCGGCAGACGCAGCAAAACCAGGCAAAGCAGAGCAAAUAUCAGAUCACAGCACGGAGGAAGGAAGGAAAAGGAAAGACUCAUCUGUGUCUUGGGAAGCAGUUUUGUGCGGAUCCGGAAGGAGGAGAAGCCACAAGACGUCGGACUCAGAGGGAGAUAAUGAAGACAACAAGGAAGACAGUGAACCUAAAGAAGGCGAGGUAGUAGCUCCAGAGGACAACGAGGGGUCAACGUGGAAAUCAUUUAAAAAACUUGUCACCCCUACGAAGAAAGUAAGCCAGGACGAAAGGAAAGACACGCAGUCGGAGGGCGAGGUCGCUCAAGAUGAUUCCUCCUUUUCCAUAAAGAAAUUCCUAUCGGUAAAGAAAAAGAGUAAAACCGUUGAAAAGCCUGACCAGGUAUAUCACGACGACGCUGAUGAGGAGGCAGCUUCUGACGAGGAGGACUCCGAGACGCCGGCGGUGGUUCCGUUGUCCGAGUUUGACGAACCGGAGGAUGCCGUUCAAAAACAGGCAGAUGUAGAAAGAGAUGUACCACAACAAGCAAACAAUCAAGUCCAGCAGAAGAUUCUCGAUGAGAUUACCGAGUCCAUUCGACCGGGUGAUAGCCUACCAACCAAGAAAGAGGAGAUCCAGGAGCAUAAAGAAGCUUUAGAUGCUAAUAAAGGUCCUACGGUCCCUGCUGCAGGAGAAGAAGUGGAUGACCUGGCGGAUGUCAGCAGUAAACACCAACAACUGAGUGAUAUUCCAGAGGAGGGUGCAAUUACAGACACCACACCGGGCUCCAUCGCUGAGGUGGCAGCAAGAGAUGACACCAUCGCAGAGGACCUGAUAGAGAUCACGUCCGAGGCUGUGACUGCCCCAGAGCCCGUAGACGUUACCCUGGCAGAUGAAACUGAGAUGGUAUCUGCAGUUUCCCAUUUAUCAGAGUCUUCAAAAACAUCUGGCAACACCACACCAGUGCCAGCAGAGUACAACAUCAUGAACACAGAGCUGCUUCUGCAACAGGUUACCGAGACCAUCACAGAGAGCCCGAGGUCUGUCCCGGUGUAUUCAGAGGAGCAAAGCUUUGAAAGGAUAGCUUGCUCAGUCACACAACAAGUACUUGAAUCAUCUGUAACAGACCAGCCAAAAAUACUGGAAGUACACAGAAAGCCGGAUGUGGCUGUUUUAGAUGCCGAGCUAAGUUCUGAAGCCAUCGAUGCAGUUGAUGAGCUUGUGGCAGAGGCCCAAACGAACAGCGCUUCUCCCCUCAAUGAAGCAAUCUCAACGGAAAUCGUGUCAGAGGUUCCUACCGAGGCGAUCGACGUGGCCGAGUCUGCUGUGGAUGAAGUUCAUGAAGCUGAUGUUUUAGAGUUACAGGGAGGCAUUAGCCAGUUAGAAGCUCCAGAUCAGAGCCAGCAUGUAGGGGAAGUUGUUUCGGAGGCAAGUGAAGCAGAAAAAGAGGAAGAAGAAGCGCCUGUGAUUGAUCAAGGUGAGGAAGACAUCUCAAGAACAGAUUCUCAGGAAGGAGAAUCAGUUGCUAUGUUAGGAGUCGAAACUGACGAGGCAGCUUUGAAAGAAGAAGGUCAAAUUUUGGCAGAAGAGGAAGUGGAAACCUUAGAAAAUGACGCCGCGGACCAGUCAGAAGAACUGGCGGCAGUAGAAACAGCUGCGUUAGAUUCAGAGGAGUGCAAGGUUCAACAGCUAGAAGUAUCGCCCUCGGAGGAUAAUUCUACAACUGAAAUGGAUACGGAUGAACCCAGACAGACGGCCGAGUAUCUGUCUGAACUUACUGAUGAGUCAGGAAACAAAGAGCCAGAAAUCGAUGAUGCUAAAGUUACAGAGGCACUAGAAGCUGGACCAGCAGCUACACUGGAGUCAGAAGAGGGCACUGUUGAGUCCAUUGAAGUACCUGAUGACCUAGAAAAGAAAGAGCCCCGAACAGAAGACGUAGAAGUUGAUCAAGCAGCAACGCUGGAGUCAGGAGAGAACGUUACUCAGUCCAUAGACAAAGUACCAUCUCCAGAGGAUAUUCCAAGUCAGGUUCACACGGAAGUAACCGAGGAGUCUCAAGCGGAUGCUGCCAAAGAAACAGAGGUACCAGAAGUUGAACAAGCAAAAACAUUUGAGUCAGAGGACAGUAGGGAUCAAUCAAUUGAAGAAGUAGCAUCAGAGGAUACUCUUCCAACAACAACAGAAACAGUUGAACAAGUACCAGAAGGGGAAGCAGAACCUCUGAAUGAAGCUGGCCUUGAGCCAGAUGAUGCACAUCAAACCGUUGAAGUUCAAGAACCAGCAGCUGCCGUAUGUGGUACACCUGAUUCAGAAUCAGUUGAAGUAGUAACAGGAGAAACUCCAGCAGUGGAAACAGUUCCAGGUGAAGCCGAAAAGACUGCUGAAGUUGACGCAGAGCCAGAACUUUCGCCUGAUAUCAAAGACAUAACUGAAGCAAAAACAGACGCAGAAGCAACUACAACUCCAGAUGCACAAGCAGUCGUGGAAAGUGGCGCUCAGGAUCUGGGAAGGGAAACACUUCCCGAGGCUGUUCCCGAACCAGAAGAGACCAAUUUAAAUGCUGCCGCUCAACCGGAGCAGCCAUCAGAGAUGAACGAUGUUGGGGAGAAAGAAAGCAUCCCAUGUGAUGCUGAUGUUAGGCAGGAGCAGACCACUGCUGAAGCUGCAGAGGAGUUAAAAGCAUUAACAGCGGUUCACGUUUCUUCUGUAAGCGAGAAAGCAGGUACUGCCCAGGUCCUAGAAAAAACAGUAUGUACUGAAGAAAGUCCAGCACCUUUGGUGGACAGUGCUGAAGUUUCACACGAACCUGCUCAUGAAGUGAAUCUCUGUGGAGUGCAGGAGACUGUACAGGGGGAGAAAGUAGAAAGUGUGGCUCCAGGUGUUAAGGUAAAGGUUGCGGGAAGUGACCAUGCUGUUGUGGAACAAGUCGUCACGUGUUGUCUGAAAAAUGUUCCACAGGAGAAACCUAACGUUCCAGUUAAUGAACCCCCCAUAGGCAAAAUGGCAAGUGAGACGGAGACAUGUGGGGUCGUGGAGACUGCGUUGCCAUUGGUGCAAGAAGAUAUAAAUGAGAUAUCGGAGGUGGGAAGCAUGGUUGUGAUGACGCACGUGCCUUCGGUGGAGUUUCAGGAACACCAGAAGGUUCAGGUACAGCUGAUGAAUGAAGAUAUCAGGAAAGCUGAGAAUAACUUUGACGCAACCAUAGAGGUGGGGGUUUCACAAACCAAAGAAGUCAUAGAUGUUUGUCAUGAAACGAUCCAGAAGGUGGAGAAUCUCUCCGCUGCUCCCGUAUUUGAAGGAGAGGUGGGCAAUGAAGGAAUCAAGGUGACGGUUCAAAAGGUUAUUCGGAGUGUUCAAAGAACGGAGGCAAUACCCGAAUCCUUUAUUAUAAAUGUGGAACAAGUCUUCGAACAACUGGACGGCAUGACAGAACGUGAGGUUGAAGGGACAGUUGAACAAAGACAAGAUGACGUGCCGGCUGUUAUCAGUGAUGGAUCCCCAGCCCAAGAUGAGGGACUUGUGUCCGAUGAGCUCAAGGAAAAAUCUGAAAGUCCAGAAAGUGUGGAUGCAUCGAUCCAUGAAUGCAGAGAGGAAACCGAAAUUGACCAGGAAAAAUCGCAGGUUCGUGCAAUGCCAGAGGAAGUAGCCGUGAAAAAACUGAACGAAAACACCACAGAAACCGAAAAACCACAAACUACCCAAAGCCAGAUUGUCAGCCACAGCAACGCCGGAUUAGCAGUCCCCCAAAACACGGGACUGGUCUCAUCAAUCGGCACCGUGGAGUCCCCCUCCAGCCUCUCUUUAGAAUUUAAACUAAACAUACAGUUCGGGCAGACGAAGGGGCCAACAACACCUCCCUCCACUACAGAGACAACUGAGCCUGAAGUUGGUGUUCAGGCAGCGAACGGAGUAGAUCCCGCACAGCCGAGAAACGUAGCACGAGAACCCGAGAGCGAAAAGAUGCCAAAGCUGAACGAGGUUGCGGUUCAGGCGACAGAGGGCCAAGAACCAGCCGCAGCCACGCCCUCGACCCAAAGAGCCGUGAUCGCAAGUCAGCCGGUGCUGCACGACAUCGGCAUCCAAGCAAUGGAGAUAAUCCAAACAGUAGAACAAAUAAAAUGCACUGAAAGAGUUGAACCGAUGGUCCACGCCGCAGAGGCAAUACAACCGCAACAAAAAGAGAGGACGACCAUGCUCCUGGGGAAGCUGGCUGUCGCCGAGACUAAGGAGAUUUUCAAAUCUAUGGAGGAAGAAAGUCAAGAUCUAGAUGUGUGGUUGGACGCCGAGGAGGACAUCUGCAUGCAAGAGGAAAGCCAGGUGUCUACGCAGGAGGCGGAGGGACCCGUGGAGGAGCAGGCCGAGCAAAAGAAGGAGACGGAACUUGAACUUGAGCUGGAAACGGCGUGCAACACCGAGGCCGAAGUGAAAGACAAUCAGGAGGAGACGCACAAAACCUCAACGCGUGAAAUCGAGAGUGAGGGAGAAGAUUUCGCGGUUGCAUCCGAGGACCUGGAACCCACCGCCCCGGCAGUGUAGAACCUGGACGAAGUGUGACCGACAGGUGGAUCAAUCAAAAAAGGAAAAGGAAGCAACUCUGGAACAAACAUUCAAGCUUUUUAUUUUAUUAUUAUCAAUACUGACACGUUGUGACUCGGUUAUAUUACAGUAUUUACUGCCGAGACCAUUUUUUUGGUUUUUAUGACAUUAAAAAGUGUGAGUUAUGACGGAUGCGGGGCGGGAAGAGCGUCUUCUUCUCAGGGGGAAUUACAGUGUGAUCUCUGGUCAGGGCACGUCAUCCACCCAGUUAAAGCCUUUUCAGUUAAUUUAAUUUUUCAGCCGUACUUGUAUUUAACAACACGUUCCCUUUUUAAAACACUGAAUGUAUAUGUAGAGAGAAUAAUAUUUUUAACUGGCGAGUCUUUUAAAGCUUCACAGAGCAUAACAGUGUAUUCAGAAGCAGCAUUAAUUAAUGUACGUAACCCCCAACACAUUGCCGUUUUAUAUAUUAGCGUAUGUAGAUACUUCACAGCUUUCAUCGGGUUUCAUCCGUGUUCAUAGAGUCACUAUUGUUCAGCACUUUUUAUUGUUACAGUAUUUCCCUCACUGUGUUUCCCCAGAAGGCGUAAAACUAACAGGUGGACCAGAACUCACUGGGGUUAUUUUGUUAUUCAAUUUUGUACAUAAACGGGACACAUCUAGGACUUAAAACACUCUACGUACCGAUUACCACUGCUGGUAAUGAGUGGGCUUUUAAUACCACUUUAUCCCACCAGGGGCUGAGGGAUGAACUUUAUAGUGAUACGCUGCCACCAUGUGGUCGGACGUGGUAUUACUGCAUAGAGUGACUUUAACAGAUUUUCUUUUUCUUUGAGCGUUUAGAAAAUUAACAGCAUGAAACAAAGCGUGUGUGUCUGAAGUUUAAGUCUUUUAGUGGCACUACUUUCCCCCCCGGUGGUGAGUGCACAUGGUUGAGUUUGAAGUAUCGUUGCAACACGCUAAAGACGGGCUGUCGUGUUUAUACUUUCUCAUUUAUUCUGCAUAUAAUGAAUUUUAAUGCGAAAUCCUCAAGUAAUCACUAAAUAUGAAAUACAGCCCAGAGUUCCCUGUAUUCAUCUAUCAAACAGUGUUUUAUUAAUAAAAGUUUUAUUUGAAUAAAUUAA